UACAUUAUCGAAAAGAAUAUGGAAAAUCCAGAAAGGAUCACAAUUUUGACAAGAUCUUCAAGCUUAGAAGUCGAACCUGAUAACUUAACAGAUGCUCCUCCAUCAUAUCAGGACGCAGUUUCUAAAUGCAACUUCUGGUAUAUAUAA